GCAGUAAUUUUUUUGCGCAUCACGUAUAUAAUAUAGUAAAACACGCGCCAGACUGCACAAUUCCCGAAUUGAAACGACUAGGUAGGCUCGCUUCGCUCGCCUAUUAGUGUAUUUGCGAAGGCAGUCUAAAAUUUUGUGUUGAAGCCAAAGACAUCAGCAUGGGCGAAGGAAAUGCAGUAAUUUUUAUUGUUGGGACAAUAAUCGCAGAUGUUGUUGGAGCAAUACUAGCUGCCAUAGAUAUUGGCCUGGGUGCCUGGUUCUUGCAAAGGGAUGAUGACAUAUUCGGUUGCUCUAGUGAAAGUGAUGAUAUUGAGCACGACAAUUUCAUCAUUGGUGUAUUCUCAAUUCUAGUUGGUGCUCUCUUUUACUACUAUCUGAUCUUACUGGGAAUAGCAGGUCUUUUACUACUAGGUGAUGGCUACUCAGCAGUAAAAAUUGUUGUUGGUAUUUUAGCAGCCGGCAGUACCGUCGUUGGAAUAGUUAAUACCUUUAUUGAUGCAGUUUUUUCUGGUAUUAAUGAGAAUUGUGGAACGACUGAAGCUAAUGCUUUCCUGUUCUUUACUAUUGUAAUCAGCCUUCUUGGUGGCUAUGUUGCAGUUCAAGUAUUUAUACUUCUUUUUGUGGUUUUUAAAAAAAAUUUAUGAUAGUGGUUAGCUACUUGUUGUGUAUGACUGUGGUGAGAUUGUACACAUCAUAAUCAUUUUUUGACACAAUAAUUAUUAUUAGUGAGCAAUUACAAGCACGAUCAUAAUGAGAGCAGAGAGUAGCUAACCGACACUUACACCGUGGACACACAUGCCUAAACAAUUUCACUAAACACCUAGCCUUGGAUUCAGAGCGUGGUAGCUAACAUGUCCACCAUGGACAUCUGUGCAAGGGGCCCACUGGACGAACGUAAUUGAUUUCCAGACACAAAAGGCAGGUGGAAAGGCACCAAAAGACCGUAUUUCCUUAUG